AUGGAUAACUUUAGUGAUAAUUUCGACUACAUAUUGCAGCUCACAAAGUCUUUGAGUUUACAAUGUUGGAAUAAUAGACAAGAGACAUCAAAAAUCGAGCAGCUGCUGAAGAGAUUAGCGAAACAGUCUCUUAUUCCGUAUGAGCAAUAUAUAGCAGAACCAACACCAGAGGCAAGAAAGGAGUAUGAAAAGUUAUCUGAAUUGACAGAGGAGGAACGCCUGGUUACUGAAAACUACAAGUUAAUUUACCAUAUACAGCAACAGGAAUACCUGAAUACUAAACUAUGGACUUUAAUAACCCAAAUUAAUGAAUUGUUGAUAUCCAUAAGGACAUUCAUAGUAGAACAAAAAUCUGUUCGACCUGAAAAUGAAUCGGAGUUUCUUCAAAAUAAUGUCAUAUCAAGUACAUCAAAAGUUGCGGAUAAUCGUCAGGCAUUGCUAUUAGCUAAGGAGCAUUCAAAGGAGACUUUAAACUUACUACUCGCGGAAUUGAAAGUUACUUGCAGCGAAAUCGACUGGGAACGAAUCCCAAGGGAAAGCAGAGAGUUUGAAAGAUUACGAAGUAGAUUAACAAAAAUUGAAAAGAUGCAUAAUAUUACAUUGGUACCUAACAUAUAG